AUGAUCGCCAAUUCAGCCCGAACAGACCCCCUGGCAAUAUUGCCACCGGAAAUUGUGCUGCGCGUAUUGGACUUUGCUCCUAUCCCCGCUCUUGCGUCCUUGACAGCUGUCUCUCGCGCGUGGCACCAAUUCAUCGACGUCACUCACCAAGAAGCUAUCUACUCUUCCGAGACCAAAACCACCAAAGACUCCAGUGUUGGACGUAACCUUUCAGCUUUCCCGGAAUACACAAGCUUCUGCGGGCUUUAUGAAAAUAUAACGUCAUGGAAGGACCUUUGCAAGCGACAAACGCUACUCGACAAAAACUGGGCCAAGCAGCGCCCCGUUACUCGGGAGUCGGUGUUGCAAGUCGGCAAUGAUCCCGUUUGGAGAUUCCGUGCCGAUUUUCAACGCCGGUUCUUCGUCUCUACCUCACACGCCGGUGGCUUGAAUGUCACCGACAUGGAUACCGGCCGGAUUAUAUGGCGACUGCCCUCCACGCUGGUUCGAAAUGAGUAUGCAGUACGUCCUUAUGCCCAUCUGGAAUAUCAAGAUGGGAUGGCUGUGUUUGAUCGAGAGGGAGAUGCCGUUGAAGUGUGGCAGGCCGGUUUGGAAGGUGCAGCUCGUGGAGAGUUUCGACGAAUCGCAAUUUUGAACCAUAAUUGUCAAACAAGAGGAUUCCAGCUGUCACAUUGGACACUUUGUGUUGUUUCGAACGAAGGACUUGGAUUCGUAUAUGACAUGACCGAGCGCCCACCCAGGUUGAUAACGCGGAUCGGCAUUGAUCGUGGCGCGGUUGGUCAUCUGGACCAAUGCGAGAAUGCUGUGAUAUAUUCUCUCGGAGCCCAAGGCUACCAUGUCCAUGAUAAGAAGUCGGGUGAACUUCUUGGCGUGCUACAGCCAUCGCGCGUUUCCGAAAAAUACCACAUUCGACCACCUGCCACCCCAUCUUUUUCUGCAGGCUCGACCUUGGCAGGUGCUGCACAGAACGGACUGGUAUCCCAAUACUCGCCGUCCGAAGCCCCUAGAAAGCCCUGUUUGAAGCCCAUUAAGCUCGUGAAUGGUCCUUUGCCACCGCCGAGCGACCCGGAUCAUGUCUAUCACCGAGAUGACGAAUGGGGUGCUGGCAUGCUUAACGGUGAUCUUUUCGUUGGGUUCUCCCGCGCGGGUCGAGUGUUUGUAUGCUCAAGCUGGCAAAAGGCUCUUCAGGACGAAGCUACUUUCGCCAAACAUUGCUCUAUCAUCGAAUGCGAAGCAGAUGGAACCAGCUUUGACCUGGGCGGCUGGCUAUCUGUGCGCAACCAUCGUGUGAUGUUCGAGAUACAAGAUCAAAUCUAUGUCGUCGCACUGGAUGAGUGUGACAAGAUUCAAAACACCGAUCGACCCGUUCGUGCAUCUUACUCACUAGUCACAAGUUCUGCUCCGCAGCUGGCUGUCCCAGUCAGCUUCAUGGCGCUCUACGACGACGCAAUCAUGACCACCUACACUACCCUCGGCUGGCGCCAAUCGCUCUCGAACAUCCCAGGCGACGCUCCCCCUCCGCAGCACCAAAAUGUCGGUCGUAUUUUUCCAUCCAAGACCAUUCGCAUUGUCAGUCUGGCUCCAGACCUGCCGGAAGGCAAAUUCCCCGCCAUCAAUGAACACGAAUACCAGGAGGAAAUAAGUUGUGAAUCCCUCAAUCGAUCGGACCCGGCAGUUGGAGAGGUUUGGCGUGCGCAGGCCGGAUUGCUACAAUUGUUCAGUAUAUUUGGUAAUGAGUUUGGCGAGGAACAUGACGAUGAUGACCAUGAUUUGGGUGAUUUCGCCGCAGUCUUGCCCGAUCAUGAGAUAGACGAGGAGUGGGAGGAUGUCGAUGAGAACGAGGACACCGCAUGA